AUGGGUUGUGGUUCCUCAACUCCAGUCGGCGAUGACUCGCGAGCUCCUCGCCCAGCAAAGAAACAACCUCAACAAGAAAUAGACCUCGGUAGUAUCGUCCUUCCUGAAGUCACAUGGGAACAGGACGAAGCCUGGACUGAGUGGUUCUGCGCGAAUGAAAAGCAAGCGAUUGAAGCUGGACGUCACGAUGACUUCUUGAGGGUGUACAAGGAAUUUAUGUUCCAUGGCGCUCGUCGACAUCUCGCCGAGAUGUAUCCUGAAUGCGACGAUGUUGGAACGAUUGAAGAUAUGGGAGAGACACAUGUUUGUACCGGUGCAGGUGUUUGUUCAGGCGAUGACAAGUGCAAGCAUCCUACAAGCACUUUCCUCGUCCUUGACGCGUGCUAUAGCGGGAUUGUUCAUGCGUUUGCUCUGAUGAUCGCGAAGCCACCCACCAAGCCAGCAACUUCCAGCGAAACUGAGAUGACUGAGAAAGACACCCAAGAUCAACAACCUUGGCUCAUCCCAGGCGCCGAGCUCGACAGCCCCGAAAUGAGAGGCGCAAAGCACGAGAUGCUCUCUCGUGUCGCCAUCAUGAGAGCAAAGGACACCAACGUCAGCCACGCCCUCAUCCACAUCUUCAUCGGCGCAGACCUUAUCACUUGCCGCUUCGACGCCACACCAAAACCACCAACCAUCGACCGUCGUCCCAUCCAUAGACCAAAGGAGCUCAUCCAAGCAAUGAACGGCAUCGUGAAAGACACCAAGAAGGCGCCCUAUGCCUUCCGAGGACUCUUUGCACCGCAUUGGUUUAGACAAACCGUGAGAGAUUGCAGUAAUGGCUGGGAGGGAAGUACGGUCUGGGACGAAGGACCAUUGCCUCUCAGACUCCCGAAUGGACAGAUGUAUCAUGAACCGACGAGAUUGCUCGUCACAAGGGUCUAUGAAAAGAUGACAGAGAGUGUUGAAGAGGUGUCGUUUACGGCCACACCGCCUCCAUUCCCGGGUACAGAGAUUGAGCCGUCUGAUACGGUGACGCUGGUCAGGAAAGCUGAUCCGACCAAGGAGCCCGGUGGUAUUGUCAGAAUUUCCUUGAUCAUCGGUAUCAACAAGGGUAUCACUUGGCCAAAGAUUGGCGACUACGCCAAAACCUCGACGAUGGAGGCUGGUGAGAAGGCUGUCCAUGAGUAUGCCAAACGUCUACAUGCGAAGGGUGUCCUGGAUCGCUGCACUAUUCGUGUGUACAUGGGCACUGAUGAGUCCCUCUUCAAAUUUGUCGGCGAUCCCAUUGGCCUUACAGCCAAUACCAGAGCUCUCCCUCCUCCGAGCGAACUAGGAACACCAGCAGGCCUCGCAGCAGCUUCGCCCACUAUAGAUCCCAUGAUGGAUAAGAGUCUCGAACGAGAUUUCAACUUGACUGUCGAAGUUCGACCGAAGCAUGAGCUGAUGGGCUCGGAGAGCCAGUUCCAAGCCAUCAAGCAGUACACAACAGAAAAGGCCAUGAGAAAAUCCCCCGAGGAGCUCAGAGCUCAGGCUAUGCUUAUUGGGCCAAUGACAGCAAGAAUGAUCCUCGAGGUCAACUUUCCCAACUGCGAAGUCUCGGACGAGGGUCCGUUCCCUACUAUUCUCCCCGACGGCACAGAGACAUUAGACAACGACACUCGUCUGAUGGUCGUACGGGACCCCAAGCAGGAACCAAGCAGUAUCGUGGCAGCUAUGAAUGUGGUUCCUCUUCCAGAUAAGGAGGCCAGUUUUUAUAGUGAUAAGAAUUGGCUUGAGACACCGGAAAUGAAGGAGGCUGAUGAGAGGCUACUUCAGCUCUUGAAGAGGCUGCAUAAGCAGGGCAAGGUUUCGAAUGUGGAUUGUAUGGCGCUUACUAUGAUGGUCAAGGAUGCCACGAUUUAUCAGUUUGUGGAUGGGGAGAGGUUUGAGGAUUAUAGUGACGAGAGGAUGGCACAGUUCAAGUGGGGUUAG